AUGGGUGACUGGAGCUUUCUGGGACGGCUGUUGGAGAAUGCGCAGGAGCACUCGACGGUGAUCGGCAAGGUGUGGCUGACGGUGCUCUUCAUCUUCAGGAUCCUGGUGCUGGGGGCGGCGGCAGAGGAGGUGUGGGGCGACGAGCAGUCCGACUUCACCUGCAACACGCAGCAGCCCGGUUGCGAGAACGUCUGCUACGACGAGGCCUUCCCCAUCUCGCACAUCCGCUUCUGGGUGCUGCAGAUCAUCUUCGUGUCCACGCCCACCCUCAUCUACCUGGGCCACGUGCUGCACAUCGUCCGCAUGGAGGAGAAGCGCAAGGAGCGGGAGGAGGAGCUGCGCAAGUCCAGCCGGCUGCAGGAGGAGAAGGAGCUGCCCUUCAAGAACGGCGGCGCCGAGGGCGGUGACGCCGGCGGAGGGGGGGGCAGAGGCGGGGGCGGCGGCGGCGGCGGCGGCAAAAAGGAGAAGCCGCCCAUCAGAGACGAGCACGGCAAAAUCCGCAUCCGGGGCGCCCUGCUGCGCACCUAUGUGUUCAACAUCAUUUUUAAGACCCUGUUUGAGGUCGGGUUCAUUUUAGGUCAGUAUUUCCUCUAUGGCUUCCAGCUGCGGCCCCUGUACAAGUGCGCGCGGUGGCCCUGCCCCAACACCGUGGACUGCUUCAUCUCCCGGCCCACGGAAAAGACCAUCUUCAUCAUAUUUAUGCUUGCGGUGGCUUGCGUGUCUCUUUUGCUGAAUUUGUUGGAGAUCUAUCACCUGGGAUGGAAGAAAGUGAAGCAGGGAAUGACGAACAAGUUCACCCCCGAGAGCGAGUCGCCGGGCCGCGCCGACGGCGAGCCCGAGCCCAUCGCCCCCACCCCGAGAACUGCCCCCCCCACCCUCAGCUACCCGCCGACCUACACGGACGUGACCGUGGGGGGUGUGUACCCCCUGCCGGCGGCCCCCGCCGCCGAGUUCAAGACGGAGCCUCUCCAGGAGGACCCGCCGGAGAAGCCCUCCAUCUUCUACAGCAACAACAACCACCGGCUGGCCGCCGAGCAGAACUGGGCCAACCGGGCCGCCGAGCAGCAGACUCGGGAGAGGAAGCCCGACUCCGCCUCCCUCUCCCUCUCCCCCUCCCCCUCCCUCACCCACGCCUCCUCCCCGGCCCCCAGCAGCAGCGUCCACGACGAGCCGCGGCAGCGGCGGCCCGGAGACCCCGCCGCGCCCACUGCCAGCUCCAGCAGCGGCAGCUGGAGCGGAGAGAAGGCCCCGCCCGAGGAGGACCACAUCACCACCUUGGUGGAGAUGCACGAGGCCCCCGCGGCCGUCAUGGACGCCCGCCGUCUGAGCCGGGCCAGUAAGACCAGUAGCAGCAGAGCCAGACCCAACGACCUGGCGGUCUAG